AACCCACUACAACAUGAAGUAUUAGUUUUUAAAAUGAUCAGAAAUGGAAAAUGGGAAAAGAAGGGAAAGAAAGGUGGAUGGAAAAACAGAAAAAAGUGGGAGAGCGAGGAAUGUUGUUCUGCUUUAGAUAAACUGACAUUGGAUGAAGAGCAAACAGAUGAAAAAAAGAAAGAUUUUGGACGAGGUCUUCCUUUCCCUUUGUUAAUGUGGGAUCUAGGACACUGUGAUCCGAAGAAAUGUUCAGGACGUAAGCUUGAAAGACUUGGUUUUGUAAGAUCAUUAAAGCUCUCCCAGAAAGCUCAUGGUAUAAUUCUUAGUCCUCUGGGACAGAAAUGUUUGUCUGCAGAGGAUGUAGACAUUGUGGUACAAUCAGGUGUUGCUGUAGUUGACUGUUCAUGGGCAAAAAUUGAUGAUACUCCAUUUGGUAAAAUGAAAGGUGGACAUGCUAGGUUGUUGCCGUAUUUAGUUGCUGCUAAUCCCAUCAAUUAUGGUCAUCCAUGUCGGCUGUCAUGCGUUGAAGCAUAUGCAGCAACAUUGUACAUAACAGGAUUCAAAGAUCUUGGUUCUGAAAUACUUAAGUGCUUCAAAUGGGGUAAAGGAUUUUAUGAUCUUAACAGGGAAUUGCUGGAUAUUUAUUCUGCAUGCAAAAACAGUGGGGAGGUAGUUGAAGCUCAAAACAAGUGGAUAGAAGGUUUAAGAAAUAAGCAAAAGGAAGGCAAUAGUUAUGAUAUGACUACAAUUGAUGACUCCAAAGAACACUGGAAUCCAAAUAGGAAUUUUGUUGACAUUGAAUCAUCCUCCAGUGAAGAGGAAAGUGAGUUGUAUGAAGAAAAUAGUGCAGAAUGUGGAGAGGAAAGUGAUGAUGAAAGUAACAGGACUACAAAAGAAGUGGUUCAGAGUGUUACAGACAGAUAAGAUAGUUACAAUGUUAACCUCAUUUGACAGCCUGGCUUGUCAUUCGUUGUUGACUAGUUGUGUGGAAAAAACCAGUUUGACUGAAUUAAAAUCAUAGUUUGAGCAACUCCUGGCAACUUGUAUUGCAAGUUGCUAAAAAUAAAGAACACGUAAAGAAAACAAUAUGAAAAAUUAGCACUUAAAUGUACCACUUAUGUUCAAAUGCAUCUGCAAUGUAUUUAUUAUUAAUUCAGCGAUAGCCAUUGUUAAAAGGGGUAAUUGUCAUUUGAGUUCAAGUGGAUAAUUAAGUUACUCAGGCUUGAAGUUUUAAAAUGGAACAUUAAAAUUCAAAUGUAACCAAAGGCUUAUCUUCUGAAUUCCUGACACAAAUUUUCAUAACAAGAAGAGAAUUAUUCCAAAGGAAUACGAUA